CGGAGAGUAGCAGCAGUAACUUGUCCACUAUGUAAAAUAAUAGGGCUACAACUUUAUUGUUUACAAUGUAUAUGACUCAUGGAUUUUUCUCUCUUAGAGAAUUUCUCUCUGCUCUCUUUUUCCUCUCCUCUCACUCUCCCUUUCUUUCCUGCCUCUCUGCCUGACUCUCUUUCUUCUCCCAGUUGGGUGUGUAAAAUGCAAGGGAAGGAUGAAGCCUUUUUAUAGGCGAAGAAGUUGAUAGCUUCCCGUGAAUUGUGGUUGGCUCUCAAGGGAAGAUGGCAGACAAACUUCAUCAUUAUUUUCUUCUUUUCUUUAUGUGGGUUCCACUACAUUCUUUACAACAAAGAAAACAACAAUAUAAUAAACCAAAUUAAUGACUUAAAAAUAAUACCAGUACCAAUGAAGUCAACACCGACAGUAAUGGCUUCUGAUAUUUAAAAAGACCUGAUUAAGAUGAGAAAACAUCUGAAAGUGGGAAAACGGAAAAUAAAGAAAAAGAAUGAGCAAACAACAUAUUUUAGCUAUUCCUUAUCCAGCACAAGGUCAUGUAAUUCCCUUGAUGGAGUUGUCACAGUGUUUAGCUAAUCAUGGCUUCAAAGUCACAUUUGUGAACACAGAGCACAAUCAUAAGCGAAUCAUGAAUGCUUUGGCUGAUGAAAGUCAUAUAAGCAGGGAUCAUAUCCAUCUAGUUUCGAUUCCAGAUGGCUUAGAACCGUUUGAGGACAGGAAUGAGGCAGGGCGGUUAUCAGAAGCAAUGCAACGAGUCAUGCCUGGGAAGUUGGAGGAGCUGAUAGAGAAGAUCAACCAAGGGGAAGGCCAAAAAAUCACUUGUGUCAUUGCUGAUCAGAUUUCCGGGUGGAUGCUUGAAGUAGUAGAGAAAAUGAAAAUCAGGAGGGUUGCCUUUUAUCCUGCUGCAGCUGCAGUCUUGGCGUUGAAACUUAGUGUACCAAAGUUAAUUCAUGAAGGAAUCAUUAACAAUGAUGCCCCAAAAGGCCAGAUGUUUCAGUUGGCACCAAACAUGCCCAUCAUGAAAACUGAACACUUGUUGUGGUUAUGUAUUGGCGACUUAACCACUCAGAAAAUUAUGUUUCAAGCUAUGGUAAGAAGCAACAAGGCUACGCUAGCCGCAGACUGGCUUCUUUGCAACUCGGCAUACGAUCUAGAACCAGCAGCAUUCACCUUGGCACCUCAGAUUUUACCAAUUGGCCCUCUCUUGGCAAGCAACAGGCUUGGGAAUUCAGCAGGAUACUUCUGGCCACAAGACUUAACUUGCUUAAAUUGGCUGGAUCAACAGCCACCCUGCUCAGUCAUAUAUGUUGCAUUUGGCAGCUUCACAGUUUUUGAUCGAACCCAAUUCCAAGAACUGGCCCUGGCUCUUGAGCUGUCCCAAAGGCCAUUCCUCUGGGUUGUGAGGCCAGAUAUCACUGACAAAACAUCUGAUCCCUACCCAGAAGGAUAUCAAGACCGAGUAGCCUCUCGCAGUCUGAUGGUGGGUUGGGCACCUCAACAAAAGGUUCUAGCUCAUCCUUCCAUUGCUUGCUUCUUAAGCCACUGUGGUUGGAACUCUACAAUAGAAGGUAUAAGCAAUGGGGUUCCUUUCCUGUGCUGGCCAUACUUUGCUGACCAGUUCCUUAAUGAGAGCUACAUUUGUGAUGUUUGGAAGGUGGGGUUGAAGUUCAACAAGAAUGAAAGUGGGAUCAUUACACAAGGAGAAAUCAUGAACAAGUUGGACCAACUGCUUGGUGAUGAAGGUUUCAAAGCAAGAGCUUCUGAACUUAAGGAAUUGGCUAUGACCAGUGUCAAAGAAGGUGGCCAAUCCAACAAGACCUUUAAGAAUUUUAUUGAAUGGAUGAAGUCAUAGGCAAGUGGCCUAUUGACUAAUCUGUUUCAAGAAUUGAUGUGAGGCCGAUGUAUCAGUUGAUAAAAUAAUGCAAUAUACUAUUUUGUAUCAAAUUGUUAGUCGACUAGUUGGAAGAAUCAUAGAACUAUUAGAUAUUCGAUACAACGUAUUUGAAAUGACUAAAUACAA